AGGUCGCUGGUUCAAAUCCGGCUCGAAGGAGAUGGGAUUUUUUGACGCUGGCUUUGAUGUAGUUAUAUUUUUCCUGUAAUGAUAAACAUGCGUAAUAGAUGUCUUAUUUUGUUUUAUUUUUACAAUAUCUAAUUCAACACGGUAUUACUGUCAACAGUAAAUCGAAACUGGACAAAGUAGGGAAUUAGCUUAAGCGGUAGAGCGCUCAUUUAACAUACGGAGGUUAGCGGUAUCGUUGCCCGUACCUUCCAAUGUUUUCUACUAUCUGCAUUUUAAAAAGCACUUUAAGAGUCAAGGGCAAUACUGGUUUUCUUUUAUGUGAGCGAGAACAACCACUAAUUUCACCCGUUUUCCUCCAAACCAGUCUAUGUACGCCAUGCUACUGCGUGCGUUCUUCAUUCUCUUGUGAGAGCCAAUCAGCACACGGAUAUUUGUCGCUCUGUUGUAGUGGGUUUGUUUGGGUUUAAAGAGCGUCUUGGUGAUCUGAAAGGACGCAAACGCGAAAAUGAUUAUAUUUCACGAAUUAAGUAAGACAAAUAAACUAAUUCACGCUUGAAAACAAAUUAUACAUUUCUAGCAAUUGUUUUUUUGGCAAAAGCUUAGAUUGUCCUUCGUGUUAAAUUUCGCUGUUGUCCAUUUGCUAGCAUAACUUAGCCUCCUGCUACCUACAGUAGAUAGACCUAUUACGAGCUAAUGUUAGCGUGAUAGCCCACUUCCUCCUAAUUAACAACGUAUUGCCUUCAGUGCAUACAUAUUAUUAAAAAAAGAGUCAAGACAAUAGCGGGCAAGUACAGCUAUUCCGUUUUCAGCCCGCAUAUCAGCUCUGUUCCAUGCUAGCGAGUGACAAUGUCAGUCAGUGUUGUUUUUGCAUGACGUUUAUUUGACAGCAACUAAAGAUUGAGCACAUUUGGGAUGCGUUGCUACGUUAUCAUCUAAUACGAGUCAAGAAGAGGUGACAUGGUUGUUGGUAGUUAUCAACCCGAGUAGCCCUUGGCCAUCGAGCGAGAGUGGAUGUGGCACAUUCCUGACAGAAAAGACGAAUCUCCAGGCGGCUCCUAAGGGGAGAGAGAGGUUAGCAUCAUGGAGGCACGUUUUGGCAGUGUUGUGUUCAGCUCCCGUUUCGACUCGGGGAACUUGGCGCGAGUGGAGAAAGUGGAGAGAGCAAGUUCCUCCCCCUCUGCAGACCCUGCAUCCACAGGGAACGCCUCCUCAGCCCCUAACUCCGCCCCCGACUACGAGUUCAACGUCUGGACCAGCCCAGACUGUGCUGGGACGGAAUACGAGAAUGGUAACAGAUCAUGGUUCUACUUCAGUGUUCGUGGUGGCAUCCCUGGGAAGCUGCUGAAGAUCAACGUGAUGAACAUGAACAAGCAGAGCAAGCUGUACAGCCAGGGCAUGGCCCCUCUCGUACGCACGCUCCCUGGCAAGGCCCGCUGGGAGAGGGUCCGAGAUAGACCCAGCUCUGAGUUGGUGGAUAAUCAGUUCAUCCUGUCGUUUACCCACCGGCUGUUGGAGGUGCGAGGAGCAACCACCUAUUUCUCCUUCUGCUACCCUUUCUCCUAUACGGAGAGCCAGGAGUUACUACAACAGCUGGACGAGAAAUACACCAGCACUGCAGCACUGAACCCCCGCAGUGCGAAGGACAGUGUGUACUACCACAGGGAGGUGCUGUGUCACACUCUGGAUGGCAACAGGGUCGACCUCCUGACUGUCACCAACUGUCACGGGAUGCAUGAGGAGAGGGAGCCUCGCCUGACCAACCUGUUCCCUGACACCUCCACACCCCGACCACACCGCUUCCCAGGCAAACGGGUGUUCUUCCUGAGCAGCCGUGUGCACCCUGGCGAGACGCCCUCGUCCUUCGUGUUCAACGGUUUCCUCAACUUCAUCCUGAGGAGAGACGACCCGCGCGCCCACGCUCUCCGAAACAUAUUUGUCUUCAAGCUCAUUCCAAUGCUCAACCCUGACGGGGUGGUCCGCGGCCACUACAGGACUGAUUCCAGGGGGGUGAACCUGAACAGGCAGUAUCUCAACCCCAGCCCUCAGCUGCACCCCUCCAUCUAUGGGGCCAAAGCGCUGUUGUUGUACCACCACACACACAACCGCCUGCAAAAGCACAACACACACUCCAACACACACCCCAACACACACACCAAUGCCCCUCCCCUCGGCACCAAGACCACCAAUCAACACCAAGCCCCUCCCCUCACCGCCCUGGAACUCAGCUUAAACCAACGCAACUCCGGGAAAGACUCAAACCCCGUCCUCCCAGAAGUCCCCAUGGUGACGGAGGAGAAUGGCUGGGUCACCACGGAGACAGGGAAAGGGGAGGAGAUCAACUGCAAUAAGAACCAAGCACCAAGUUCCUCAGAGACCACGCCUCUUAUCCCUCUGGAGCUGACACUCACAGACGGGGAGCCAAUCCCUGCUCACGAGGGGGGCGUGGCCUACUAUGUGGACCUCCAUGGCCACGCCUCCAAACGGGGCUGCUUCAUGUACGGGAACAGCCUAUCAGACGAGAGCCAGCAGGUGGAGAACAUGCUCUAUCCCAAGCUGAUCGCCGUCAACUCGGCCCACUUCGACUUCCUGGGCUGCAACUUCACAGAGAAGAACAUGUACGCUCGAGACAAGCGAGAUGGCCAGUCUAAAGAGGGCAGCGGGCGUGUGGCCAUACACAAGGCCAUAGGACUGCUGCACAGUUACACCCUGGAGUGUAACUACAACACAGGCAGAGGGGUCAACACCAUCCCUCCUGCCUGUCACGACAACGGACGAGCCACACCCCCUCCCCCUCCCGCAUUCCCGCCCAAAUACACACCAGACAUCUACGAACAGGUGGGUCGUGCGGUGGCCAUAUCAGCCCUGGACAUGGCGGAGUGUAACCCGUGGCCACGCCUCGUCCUAUCAGAGCACAGCUGCCUGAGCACCCUCCGCGCCUGGAUCCUCAAACACGUGCGCAACAGCAAGGGUCCCAACAUACACACACACGCUCAGCCUCGCGUGUACCGCAACGGAAGCAAGGCUUCACCUCCCAAGAGCUGCAGCACCUACCUGUCCAGCUCGGUGUCGGAGAACGCUCUGAGCGGUGUGGUCUCCAGCAGCCACAGCAGCAGCAGCCAGACUCCCUCCCCCAGGAUCCACGUCUCUCCCAGCUUCACCUUCGGCUGCCCGCCACCGCCGCCACGCCCGCUAGCACGCACCAACACGCACGCGGCCCGCGGAGCCACCAAGACCCUCGGCCCAGUCAGAGACACUAAGGCACAGGAGAAGAGACGCCCCCACCUCCGCUCCGUUCUGCGGUCUCCUAGCAACAGCCACGCCCCCUCCCGCCCCCCCCUCUCCCCCGCCUCCUCCUCGUCCUCCUCGUCCUCCUCCUCGGUGUGUGCGGGGGGGGGCUCCUGCCCUCUGCCGGCCUCCGUCACUAUGGCAGGCGUGAGCUGUCCUGACUUCCUGUCUGUAGUCCAGAGGCGGGACUUCCUGUCUGUAGUCAAGAGGCGGGACUUCCCCAUGCGCGGCGGACGAGGAGGAUCGGGGGGACGGACCUUCUCACACAUACAGAACCCCACAAAGACCUUCACACAGACCAGUGGGACAGAAGGACCCCUUCACAUUCUCUCCUCCGUAGAGUUCAGCAAAUGUGAGCUGCAGCCCCGGGCCAGCCGCAUUCCCAUCAGGAAGACUGACUCGGCCACAGCCCCUCCCCCUCAGCCUCCCCCUCAGCCUCCCCCUCAGCCUCCGCUCCUCCCCCCCUCUGGCCCCAGCCUGGCCCCCUCGGCCAACAGGGAGGAGUCGACCACACUGAGGGUUUGGAAGCUCCUGCAACCAGGCCUUCGCCGACACCUGUCAGGUGUAUCAGGAAAGGAAGACUCAGUUCUAUGUCUGGCCUCCAGGGCUUUAAAGAGGAACUCUGAUAGAAGCCAAUUCUACAAGGAACAUUCCACCAUAGAGACUGCUGAACCACCACAGGUCCCACAAGAGUCGGACCCAGGAGAUUCUCUGCCCGAGUCUGUGAAUGUGUGUGGGACAACGCCCCUCUGUGGAGAGGUCUGAGUACAGCACAUGUUCUUUCCUCAUGGGCUGCAACAACCUGCACUUUCCUACCAUGCACCUACCUACCUACCGCCUCACAGCUGAUGGCUGCUUGGCUGCUAAGAGAUUGAUGGCUUCACAUACAUACACAGUACACAUGAAGAGCACUGUCGCAUCUAUAACUUACCAUUCCAGAGUGCCAGUGCUGCUGUUAAGCAUUCAAAUCUCCUCCACAAGUUCACUGACACCCAGUACCUGUUAGCACUGAUGCACUUUUUGAAACAGAACUAUUUUCCUUACAGCUCUUUAUCUACUGUGAUUUUAAAUGAUUGUGUUGAAAGUGUAUUUUGCUUCCUUUAACCCUUCUCCAUGCCCCCUUUGCAUGAGCUAUGGGUUCCUGAUAGAUUAGGAAUAAACUGUUCAUUUACGGCACAACUCACAAUAUUUAUAAAUGAGCAAGUUUCCUGCACAUAGCUGAUGAACUAUAUCUGUAUGUUUAAUGCUUUAGUGGUGUGCAGUUUUGGAAUGCAUAUAUCGAUAUAACAGUAUAUUCUUGGAUGGUUUCGUGAAACAGAUGGACACCAGAUUGUCUCUUGCUAUAUGACCAGAUAAAUAAAAUAAGUAGCUUUUACUACUGUAAUCAUGAUAACAUUGUAUUUGUUUCUUUCUUGCAUUCAAAGCUCUAAAUGAUGAGUGAAAUUAGUUGUUUUAUAACAUUAAGACA